AUGGAGUGCGGCUGCUUGCGGACAGUAUUGAACCAUGCAGCGUAUUGCUUUCCGCAAGCCAUCCUCAUGUUUGCCAUCACCAUGCCUAUCGCCCUGCUGGGGCCCCUGGAGGAUGAUCCGGCGCUGGGUCUGGACAACUCCAGCAUCAACUCCAUCCUUGCCCUUGGCACGCUAGCACGGGCCUUCGGCAAGUUCGUGAAUGGAGUCCUGGUGGACAAAAUUGGCGUGCGGCCGUUCCUUUGUGUCGCCUUGCUUCUGGCAUCGGCUGCCUGCGUGGUUUUCGCUUCCUCCAGUGGGGCGGGUAGCCUUGGGGUGGCGGUGGCCACGUUGAACUACUGCUGCUCAGGGGCUUGGCUAACGGGGUGCAAGGUCAUCGAGCGCCGAUUCCGUCGAGAAGACUCGGGUCUCUGCUUCUCCGUGCUGGCCACCUGCUCGCGCCUGGGCUCGGUGCUGACACGGCUCUGCCUCGGCCUCGUGCUGCUGCUGCUGCCCUGGCGUCAAAUCGCCUACGGUGCAGCUGCUGUCAUGCUGGCUUCCUGGUUCCUAGUGGUCCAGGUGCUGCUGAAAGGUGACACAGUCCGCGAAAAGGACGCGGACGGCAAACCAAAGUUGCAGGUGGAACCGACUACGCCACGUAUGGCGAAAUCGGGGACGCCCAAAUUUCUCAAGACCGGGCAAAGAACCGGCAAAGCCGAGGCUGCCGAGGUGCCGACGCUGUGUCAGGUGCUUUCGAACCGAGGCCUCCAACUGCACUGCAUCAUCAUCACCGGCGCCACAUGCCUCAUGUCUUUGGAGAACAUGUGCCCGCUGCUUUUAAAAGACUUGGCGAACCUCACGAACGCAGAGGUGAGCAUCCAUGCGGCGAUUUUCCCUGCGGGCGUUCUCCUUGGAGUACUGACGCUGCCGCAUCUGCAUGCACGAAUUACCAGCCACACAGGAAAGCUGCUUUUCGAGCUCGGCCUGCAGUCAGUGGCGCUGGCGGCGGGAGGAUUUCUUACCUUGCUGGUGAGUUUGCCAGCGAAGACCGUGCGGGUGGAGUUCCUCCUCAGCUGUCUGGUCUGCAUUGCUCUGGGCUUGUCUUUCAACUACUACAUCAAGCCUGGCAUGCACACCUUGGAGUUCGGGGAGAGCUGUGCCACAGCUUCCUCCAUGAUGGACACCGUGGGAUAUUUUGCCACCGUGGCCUUCCAGUUCUCGACAUCUGCUCUGUUUCGGAAUGGAGGAUGGUUUCAAGAGCUGGGUGG